AUGAGCGUCGGGACUCCCGCUUUGCCUGCAGGUGACAAAGGCUUAAGGGAUCCAGGAUGCCUUCCCAGCCUCCUGCGAGUCCUGGGCGAGUCGUACGUGGACGGGACACCCACAAAAGAAUUAGUUAAGGCACCCAUGUUCUCUGGUGUUAGGGGGGCUGCCAAUCAGCAAGGCGAGCAACUCAUGAGCAAGACAUACAGCCCAAGAGCAACACCAACGACCCACGAGCAAAACCAACGACCCAUGAGCAACACCAACGACCCUCGAGCAACACCAACGACCCUCGAGCAACACCAACGACCCUCGAGCAACACCAACGACCCUCAAGCAACACUAACGACCUACGAGCAACACCAACGACCCUCGAGCAACACCAACGACCCAGGAGCAACACCAACGACCCACGAGCAACACCAACGACCCUCGAGCAACACCCACGACCCUCGAGCAACACCAACGACCCACGAGCAACACCAACGACCCACGAGCAACACCAACGACCCAGGAGCAACACCAACGACCCUCGAGCAACACCAACGACCCACGAGCAACACCAACGACCUUCGAGCAACACCAACGACCCACGAGCAACACCAACGACCCUCGAGCAACACCAACGACCCAGGAGCAACACCAACGACCCACGAGCAACACCAACGACCCUCGAGCAACACCAACGACCCUCGAGCAACACCAACGACCCUCGAGCAACACCAACGACCCACGAGCAACACCAACGACCCUCGAGCCACACCCACGACCCACGAGCAACACCAACGACCCUCGAGCAACACCUACGACCCUCGAGCAACACCAACGACCCUCGAGCAACGCAAACAGCCCCUGAAAAAGAGCGAGACAGACCUCAGCGAGACGGCGCGGGCGAGAUAA